AUGACCUUAUCGCGAUCACCCUCUCCCCACCCGGGCGGGGGGUGGUCCAACCCGGGACUUGUUCCGGGUAGCGGCACUGUAUCACCGAACGGUCCAUCGCCCAGUUCGAUAUCCCCAGGUACACCAGGUGGCGUAUCAUGGGCAGCAGCCAAGGCAAAAAGCGACGAGGUGCGCGGGUACCCAUCAUUCUCAACACGCAAUGGCGGCUUCUUCUCUCGUCAACGACACAAGAUCUCAUCUCGCUUUCAUAGCAUUCGAAGGCAUUCCUCACGCGAAUAUAUCGAUAAGGAUGAUUUUGGUCGAGAAUGGAAGCGUGCAGGCAGUGGUUGUGGCCUGUUAGGUGCCGUACGGAUACCAGUGCGCCGGGGCCGGUUCCGGCUGCUGUUGGCAUUGUUGUUCGUGUGGGUUGGGUAUCUACUUUUCUGGACGAGCAUUAUCCAAACAUACCGACAAUCACCCAUGGGCGGUGGGGGCAAGUUCGUCAUAAUACUUGGAUCGAAUGUGGAGGGCGGCGUCAUGGAGUGGAAGGGUGCACGCGAAUGGGCCAUUGAACGCAACAGCAUAUGGAACAAGAAGAGAUAUGCACAAAAGUGGGGGUACGAGCUCGAACUGGCUAAUUUGCUGGCCAAGAAGCGAUAUUCACAUGAAUGGCGCGAGAGCUGGGAGAAGGGCGAUGUGAUCCGCGAAGCCAUGCGCAAGUAUCCAGACGCACAGUGGUUUUGGUGGCUUGACUUGAACACCUGGGUUAUGGAAUACGGCACAUCCCUCCAACACCAUCUAUUCAAUGACCUCGAGUCCCACGUUUACCGCGAUAUCACCGCCUUUAACCCUCUCAACAUCACCCAUCCACUGCCUGAGUUCUGGCUUGACGAGCUAGGUCGUUCCCUCGAGGGCGAUGGUGAGGCAGAUUCAUUGAAUAUGCUUCUGACACAAGACUGCGCCGGAUUUAAUCUCGGAUCUUUCUUUAUGCGCCGAUCUGAUUGGACAGACCGCCUGCUCGAUAUCUGGUGGGAUCCCGUCAUGUACGAGCAGAUGCAUAUGCAAUGGGAACAUAAAGAACAGGAUGCCCUGGAGUACAUUUAUCAGAGUCAACCAUGGGUUCGGAGCAGUGUUGGCUUCUUACCCCAACGCAGCAUCAAUGCCUUCCCACCUGGCGCAUGUGGCGACGGAGAUAAUCCAGUGGUUCACUAUCAACAGAACGCACAUGAUCUCGUCGUCAACAUGGCUGGGUGUAUGUUUGGUCGUGAUUGUUGGUCUGAAAUCUACUACUACCGCGAGCUGAGCAAUUGGCUCGGUCGGUCUGGCUGGGAGAGAUUCAAGGAUGGUGUCACUGAUAUAUACGACCGAAUGACCGCAAAAGUUAAGGAUGAGGAUGAUUGA